AUGAAGGGCUUUAUGGCCUGGGAUGGAAACAUCCUUGAUCCCAACGAGGUUACCUACAAGCUGAGCUCAACCGAUAUUGUCGAGAUUGAGCAGGCACUGGAAGGUUUUAAGGGUCUGUCUUUUCAAGUUUCUCUCCACAUGGAUCUGGAUGGCCCUGAAACAAACACAGAGAACUUUGCGCUUGCCUCUCUUGGCCCGAAACUCUUGGCCUUUGCUAAAGCUAUUCAUUAUGGGCGCGGAUUCUAUAUCGUCCGCGGAAUGAAUCUAGCGAACUACUCUAUCGAAGAUAGCACUCUCAUCUUCUUAGGCAUAUCGUCUUAUAUUGGUGAACAGCGCGCGAUGCAGAACCCCUUGGGAGAUAUGAUAACUCAUAUCUGUAAGUCGGUGGAAAAGAACCGCCGAAGUUACAGAUUCCAUACCGAAAGCGAAAUGUGCGAUAUUGUGGCUUUUCAUGUCCGCUCACAGAAAGACGAAGUCUUCAAGUUGGCUUCCUCGUGGCGUGUCUAUAACCAGCUACGGCAUGCAAAGGGGAAGAUUCUCGAUAAGUUCGCCAAUUUUCCUCAACAAGAGAGGUAUGCUAGGCUCAGCAAACCAAGAACGUGUUUCGCCCAAAAAGAGUACCGCACUGACCUCUUCCUCUACGACGGCAAGGCAAUAUUGAGCUACACAGGGAGCUGUGCCUCAGAUAGUUUCUUCGGAACCUAUGACUUGGGGCCUACCCAGGAUGUAGCAAUGAAAGCUGCAGAGAGUCAUGUCGCCCUUCGGCUCAGACAGGGAGACUUGCUUUUCAUUAACAAUCUUGCCCUAUUACAUGCAAUCGACGAUAACCAGGAUGAGGAUCGCCAUCUUGUGAAGCUAUGGCUGCGAAAUGGGAGUCUAGCCUGGAAACUCCCGCCGGUAAUGCAGAAAAACAUGGAUGACCUGUUUCAGUCGAAAAUGUCGAGACAGAUCUGGGCUCUUCGUCCCAACAAACGUGGUGGAAAGGGCCGCAAGACGGGAAAUAGCACGGAAUUUUCUGCGACUGUUAAUGUCAAAGUUGAAGCCGGCGACGACGGCAGCGAUGGUGCUAGCGUCGGAGGCAUGAGCGCAGGAGGCAGUGUCGGGGGAGGCAGUUUCGGGGGAGGCAGUUUCGGGGGAGGCAGUUUCGGAGGAGGGAGCUUUGGGGGUGGUGGAGUGAGUAUGGGAGGAUGGUCGUAA